AGCUAUCGGCCAUUGCUAGGGAGUUAGCUUCGGGACUAGGAUAGAAAAGGAUCGGUUCUGAACAUCCCCCCUAUAAAACUAUUUAGUGAUUUCGUGUUAUGAUUUUGGGCAUUUUGUGAUCCGGGUGUUUUCGAACUGUUCCCGUGGGCUAUGGAGAAGAAGGAUUCGGAGGGUCUAAUCGCAACGAACGAAACAGUGCUGCAUGCGAAUCUCCUAAAGGGAGGACCUCGGCUGACACCAACUGGAAAAAUUAGCCAUGCCAAGACUCGUGUCUACACCCAACGUUAUCGUAAGGAAUGGGAGCAGAUGCCAGACUUCAAAGGAUGGUUAACUUCUGUGCCGUUUCAACCGACUCGUGCCUUUUGUACGUACUGUAAAAAGAAUUUACAUGCUCAUAGACUGUCGUUGUUGAAGCAUACUUGUACUAUGAAACAUCAGAGAUCUGCUCUGAUGCAUCAGAAUGAGAUGAAUGCCAAAAAAGCUGCAGCUGAAGUAAAAAUAGCAGAGAUUGAGGCUGAGCUUGAAGAUGAACCUGAGGAAAUUGAGACUCAGGUUGAGGUUCUUGAAAGGGAUAACGAAGAGGAUGACGAUGAUAUAGAAUACGUAGUAGAAAGAUUAGAAAUGGAUGACGAGGAAAUCGAAGAGGCUAGAAGAAAACAUGCCGAAGAGCAAGGAGUGCUGGAUGAAGAGUGUGAAGAAGACAUGGAAGAUCAAUCACACCUUCAGCUUAACUCUGAUGAGGAGGAAGAUGUGAAACCUCCCCUGAAGAAAAUCAAAGUAGAAAGAAAUGAUGACAGAUGCCGGGAUGCUCUCGCGGAGGCAAUGGCUCAUGUCCAUGGAGAGUAUAUUGAUGAAAAUGGAGACCAAGUGAACGUGGAAUUAGAAAUGGUCGUGGAAUCGGUGGAUCAGGAAAAUCCAGAAAUGCGAGUCAUGUCGAUACUUCCUGAUGUGCGGAACAGCGAGAACGAAAUUACCGUAGAAUCGGCUGAAGACGACGAGCAUUUGUCGCAGAGGAACGACGAAAAUGAGGUCAAGAAUUCUUCAUCCAGCGUUAAGUCUGCUGGGGACGGGGAUUCCAGUGAUCCAAACAGCGAAAACGAGUUAGUUAUGUUGCAUCCUUCCGGUAGAUUAGGUUCUGCUUAUCAGUUGAACUCAUCAAAAUCUUCCACGACAUCAUCCCCGGGAGUUCCACAAGGUCAUAACACGAUGACUAACGCUCCGUUGCAUAAUAAAACAUUUACAAUCACUUCGGGUGGUAAAACUCUUACACUAGCCGGAGGAAAAUUUACUCCCGGUGCUCACUACGUAUUAAGCAACAUAAAAGGGAAGGGACCCACCCUCGUAAUGGCGGAAAAGAAACCGAUAACAGCUGUCGGUCAAUCUGAAAAUUCUAUGAAAUCCGGACAAAUUAAGUCUUCGCAGCAACAACAACUUAUGCAAAGCGCAUCAUCCUACGCUGUUGCUGGAACCAGCCAACAGUCACCGAAAAAGCAUGUCAUUCUCAAGUCCGCCAAGUCACCGCCAUCGAAGAGACCUUGUAUUUCUACUCACGUUUUGGACACCAGUAAAGGACUUCCGGUUGGUGGACUUCAAGUCAGUCUGUACAAACUGAUGGAUGGCAGGUGGACGUUUCUUAAUGAGAGCAACACGACGCCAAACGGUCGUUGCAAUGACCUUGUGGAUACCACCAAAUGGAACUUCACGGCAGGUCGAUACAAAAUUCAUUUUGACGUCGACAAGUACUUCACUUUGAGAAGGAUUGAAACCAUGUAUCCGUUCAUCGAGAUUGUGUUUGAUGUGAAAAAUCCCACAGGACAUUAUCAUUUACCUGUGCUACUUAGUCCGUUUGGUUACUCCACGUAUCGCGGCUCCGAAAGAUGAGUGUAAUAGAGACAAUUAAAACGAAGAAAAUAUUUUUGAAGUGUAUUUUGAGAUAAUUAAAGUUUAUCUGUACUAAGUGGUACAACGAUAAACUCGAGAUUCCAGACUGACCGAUGACGUCACGUUUGGAUGUUGAAUUAUGCAAUUCUGGCGAUUGCAGAGACGAGAUAACGCUUGUACCACACUGUAGAUUAUGUGUACAUUGUGAUUGUCAAUUGUCGGUGAUGCGUUUUCAAUUAGCCGAUUAAAUCUGGCUAUCACGCUGCCAAAAAACCCGCCCCUCGCCCCCCUAAUUAUGUACAAAGAAAACUAGAAACCCAAUAUCAUUAAUUUACAUAUUUGUAAUAUUAAUCGCAAAGUGUCUUGACGCAUCCCAUGGAAAUUCACACUUGAAAUCCAAAAAUUAAUAUUUUUCUGCUCUCGUUAUGGUGACAAAUAAAUUAUCAAACGAGAA